AUGGAUCAGAAUUACCAUAAAGAUCAUUUAGCUUGUCAUAACUGUGAGAAGAAGUUAAUAGCUUGUCGUUAUAUUUUGAAAGAAGAACAUCCUCACUGUAUACCAUGCUAUCAACAAUUGUUUGCUAAUAAUUGUGAAGAAUGUUCCAAGCCUAUUGGACCUGACUACAAGAGAUACAUUAAAUUCUAUUUGCACCAUUGCAUGUUGCUGGUCAAUGUCUACAAUGCUUAUUUGCAAUGUUUUACAUGUACUGUAUGUAAUCAAGCUAUUAGUAAUAAAAGUUUUAUACCAAGAGAUGAUAAAGUUGUCUGUGUCCCAUGCUAUGAAGAUAACUUUGCCCAGAGAUGUGCCAAAUGCGUAAAAGCUAUCAACAAGGGUGGGGUAACCUACAAGAAUACACCAUAUCAUAAAGAUUGUUUUGACUGUAGCAAUUGUAAUAAAUUAUUAUCUGGAGAGAAAUUUACAUCCAAGGAAGAUAAACCAUUUUGUGCUGAUUGUUAUGGUGAUUUGUUUGCUAAAAGAUGUUGUCAAUGUUCUAAGCCAAUCACUGGUAUUGGUGGAACUAAAUUCAUUUCAUUUGAAGAACGUCACUGGCAUAGUGAUUGUUUUAAUUGUGCUAAAUGUAAUGGAUCGAUGGUUGGUAAAGGAUUUCUUAUGAGUGGUCAAGAUAUUCUCUGUCCUGACUGUGGUCGUAGUUAAAUCUUUCUCUUAUAUAAUAGCUUUAAUUUAUAUCUGAAAUGCAUAAUUUCUUAUUUUUUAGUUAGAUUGUGUUAGUCAAGUUUUCGAAAUGUUCAAGGAAGAGUAUGAAAUGUAUACACUGGGCAUUCCCUAAGAUUUGGGGCAUUUCAGAUAUUGAACAUGUUUCUAAGGUUGAUUGUAUUGAGAUAAAGCAGACAGCCAUGAUUGUUAUUAUGAAACCAUGACAAUUUGUAUAAUCUAAAGACAAAUUGUGAAUAGAAUUGUGUACAGUACAGUGAUAUAGUUUUGUUUUCUAGAAGAUUAUUUGACUGCAUGCGAUUUUCCCUCUAAUUUUUAAAUAAUUCCAUUUUGGUCGAUCAAUUCGGAUUCCAAAUGUUUGUGCACCAUAGUGAUGUUGGAUUCAAGUCAUUGUAAUUUCACUUGUUUAUUAUAUCAUUCAUUAGAGUCACAAUUAAUAUGACCUCAAAAAUUUCAUCUCAUUGUUUGUCCCAGAUGCACACACACAAAUAAAUUCUAAUGUCUUGAAACAGGAAUUCAAAUUACUACAUAAUAAUUAGGUUUACCUAGUCUUUUAAGGUACUUUGUUUCGUAAAUAUUUAAUAAAAGGCUUGUACAUUAACUGCAUGUAUAUAAUAAUAUACUUAAAACUGUCUUCUCACUGUCUUGUGUUCAGAUUACUGCCAAAUUUCAAAGAAUAUUGUUAAAAUUAUCUUACAAAUUAAGGGAAAAGCAAGUGUAAUAAAUUCUCAAUGACACAGAAAGUAUUCUGUUAAUGUAAUUGUCAGUUCUUGGUCUACAGCAUUGUUUUUUACUUUUUUUACUAGCUAAAUUUUUAUCUUCCAUAUUGUUAUGUCUUUAUAUUAUCAUGUUAUUGUGAUUUUAGUCUUCCUCAAUUAAUUUGAUAUUAUUAAAAACAUUGCUAUUUUUAAUGAAAGUCAAACAAUUGAACAAAUUAAGAAAUCUAUCAAACAUUAAAACUGCAUUUGCAGGUCAGAACUUGAAUAAUAUAUAACUUUUAGCAUUAUAUAAGUUGCAUUCUGUUUUGCUGAAGUUUUUCAACACAAGAUCCAUAAUCUCACAAGAGAAAAGACAGUUGUUGCAUUAGACAAGAUUUGCCUCAUCAUGUCCCCCAUGAUAAUAAUAUACAUACAAACGGAUUGUUAUAUUUAAUGCUUUUAUUGUUAUGUACAAUCAUAUAUUUUAUUUACAUGUGCUUUCAUUGUAGAUAAUAUAGCUAUAAGAUGUUGAGGGCCCAGUAGUUAUGUGAUAUCAGAUCAUUUUGUAGAUAGAAACUGUGUCCUAAUAGUUUCUUUUAUAGAAAUACAUUGUAUUUAUUUAUCUUGUAUUUCUAUAUCUUAGCAAUAAAUUAUACUAUUUAUUCAAGGUUUUAAAUCUCAUCCAUGUGAGUUUAUCAAAGCACUUGAUUUCCAGUCUAGUUUGACAGAAUCAGAAACUUAACUUACAGCCAUCUUGGUUUGAAGAAUCUGUGGGUUAUUUGAAAAUCAGAGGAUGGAAGAAGACUGUACCUCCAAUGAUAAAUCUGAACAAGUCACCCUGAAUUACAUACAUGUUGUUUGAUCUAUUUUUCACUGAAAAAAGGUAUUUGUACAUUACCAGUAUUUACAAAUUCAGCAGAUUCUUUAUCACUUAUUCAUAUUCAGCACUAAUCAUUAAUCAUAACGUAACAAGAUCUGGUGUUAGAACACAUUUCUCCACAUGAAAUAUUUGCCAAUAUUUUAUAACACUUGUUCACCCACUGAGUUCUCCGUUCAAGAUAGAAGGUCAUUAGAUGUACACAGCUUUAACAACAGUUUAAUAUGUUUACAAUAGAAAGCACAAUCACAGUCAGUUGGUAUCUGAUAGAAAGAGAUCAGUCUAUUAAUAUCUGUAGGAUGAUAAGAAGGU